AUGGAAGGCAAAAGAAAAGCAGUUGAUGAUACUGGCGGUGAUAAUGGCGAUGGAGGAGGAGCUAGUGGCUAUGGUGGUAACACUAGGAGUAUCGGUCUAUUACCGAGGAGACCAACAACAAGGAGGUCAUUUCUACCUCCUUUUCUGGAGAAGACAUUCAACAUGGUUGAAGAUCCAGAAACUAACUCCAUCAUAUCUUGGAGUCCAAACGGGUUCAGAAAGAUCAGUUCGGAGAAAUUUGAAUAUGCACACCCAUUGUUUCAAGCAGGAAAGAGGGAUUUGCUCCAGCAUAUACAGCGAAAGAACCAACAGUGUAAGUAUGAUUCCGUGAUUCAGCCUUCAUGUGGAUCUACAGAUAAUUUGUUGAAGGAUAGAGUGGAGGACGAGCUAGAAACUCUAAUGAUUGAGCAGCAUGGUUUGAAACUUGAACUUGAGAAAAUUUAUGAAAAACUGGGGCAUCACUUCACCAAAAUAGAAGAGAUCCAGAAGCUAGGAGAGAAAAGAGAAAUGAUUGAGCAGCAUGGUUUGAAACUUGAAAUUGAGAAAAUUUAUGAAAAACUGAGGAAUCACCUCAACAAAAUAGAAGAGAUCCAGAAGCUAAGAGAGAAAAGAGAAAUGAGUAAAUAUGAAGCCAAUAAGAAUCAAGAGUUGGACAACUCUACGAGCAAGGAAAUCUCAUUGGAGCUUGUCGCUGAGGGGAGUUGUUCUAGACAUACUGACAAGGACGAACAAGUACAAGAAGGAGUGAUGGAAGAAAAUGAUGAGGAUGAUUCAGAGCAUGAAGAAGAGUAUCAAACAAAAGCCAUUCUGAAGUUGCCGGACCUCAACGCCCCCAAUACCCUUGUUCAAGGGGAAAAUCAAGAAACCUGUUACUAA